ACCUCAGACAGCAUUGAACCCAAACUGGGGUUUUGCCCCCGCCCCCAGACAGGUUUUUUCAGGUGAGCGAGCUCAGCCGUGUCAUUCUAUCUCGGAGCUGCCAGACAGGGUCUUUGUGCUUAGUGACUUUUCCAACAGCCAUAACUGCGGAUUAAAUGAACCACUACGCAGGAGGAUGGAGGGAAGUCAGACGUUUCAGGGACAACGUGAUCCUUACACCUGGUUCACAGAGUCUCAGCUCCAGUCUGUCAUCAGGAACGGUGUAGUCCCAGAGUGGUUUCAUGGGAUCAUUUCCAGAAAGACAGCAGAGGAACUGCUAAUGGCUAAGCCACCGGGUUACUUCCUCAUCAGAGUCAGUGAGAGCAGGAUCGGCUACACUCUCUCGUAUCGCGCAGAGGACCGCUGCAGACACUUUAUGAUUGAUGCACUGGAAACUGGCUCUUACAUCAUAGUGGGGGAAAACAGGUAUCACCGGUUUCUGCAUGACCUGGUGGACUUUCAUCGUAGAACUCCCAUCAUGCCUUUCACUCAAGUGCUGACUGUUCCUUGUGGACAGGCCUCUAAUGACAAGACUGACUAUGCAGAACUACUGUUUCGCUCAAGAGGUCCAGGCUCCAGGGCCAGUUUGCCACCAAACAACUCCCAGGUUCCCAACAUAAAUCCACCAGGGUCAAGAGAGGAUAUCCCACCCGCCCUUCCUCACCGCCCAAAUUAUUUGGGAAACUCACCAAUUUUGCCUCAAAAAAGCCAAACAAAUAGACUCUACCCUUCUUUGGAAGAUGAGUUUCAACACAAUACCUCUCCACCUCCAGCACUGCCUGUCCCAACACCCAGGAAGAAAUAUACAGGUGAUAAUCCUCCAUCCAACCAGCCUCCCGAAGUCCCUUUUCGAGACUGCAUGGCUCCGAAGCAGAAUCAGGCUGUCAGAACAGUCUCUGCACCUGAGAAUCUGCCCACGUUUGCAGGCUCCGAACAACCGCCUGCUACCAACAGCCAGCAAGUGAGGAAUCAAGAAGUAAAGCCGUCGGUCGUCACCAACCUAAAGAACCUCAAGAAGAAAUUCCAAAAGAAGAGGGGCCCAUUGCAGGAUAAUUCAUACGCAGAGACUAACACUGAGGCAAUUGACAGGGGUGAAAAUGGUGAGCAUGAGUACCAGGAGAUCACGGGGGAUCUGACCUUUUGUGAUCCACCACUUUCCUCCAGCUGCACUCCUGUGAAGCUGACUGACGACAUGUUACCCUUAGAAUAUAUGCCACCUCCACCUUUUGCUCCAGGCUACGGACCCACAUGAGAAAAUAAAGUGCAUAAAAUAUAGUGAAUAUGGACAGCUCACAGUGAUCACCUGAAACUAUAAUAAACAAGUGAGUCAAGUCAAGGAAGAGGGUUAAUGUGUACAUGCAUCCUCAUCUGGGCAAAGGAGAGGAAGUGGUAGGCUCCAUGCUGAAAAAAUACUGCAUUCUUCCAACCUUUAUGAUCCUUUAUCUUUGUGACCUUUAUUCACCUAAAGAGGGACUUAAUGUCAACGCAUUGCACCAGUCUUUCAUUCUUAUGCUGUAUCUACAAAUGGCUAAUGCAGACACUGAAAACACAGUGAAACAGCUAGACUAGACACAAAAUGUGCCUAUCAGUUCCUUUAAAGUUUACUAAUUAAAUCAUUCUGUGUGUUUUCUUUUAUUUCCUUUUGUAUAAGAUAACAGAGGCAGGAUAGCUUCCUCAUCCUGUUUUCUGUCUUUAUGCUAAGCUAAGCUAAGCCAACAGCUGCCACAGCCUCAUAUUUACCAUAAUAUUCCUAUAGGUCGCAUGGAAUAUUUACUAUGCAUAAAAUUAUAGAAUAGAUUAAACUGCCUCCUUCAUGCAAAUGUAUUUAGUGCCAAAUUAUAUAUUCUUUUAAAAGAAAAUGUUUUAUACAUUAAAACUCUAUACAGAUAAAAGGUGUCACAUUAAAAUAAAUAAUGCAAUAAAUUUGUUACAUAGAUGUCUACCUGAAGCCAA